ACAGACGACGCGAAUUCAAUUUUCAAAUCCAACAGGUUUGUGUUUGAAUUCCCGUAGAGAGUUUAAGACGUUCAUUCUUCAUUUCUGAUGAGCAUUUAUACAGUUUAUAUAGUGUAAAAUAAAAGAUGGCUGAAAGAAUCAGAAGAUGCCUGAUUUCUUUUGUACAGUUGGAUUUGGCCUAAAUGAUUUUGCUGUCUUGGAACUUGAGGCACUACCUACUGUGACUGUUAAAAAAACGCUGACUGGGAAAGUGUUUUUCCAGAGCGAUUGUAACGCAGCUUCGCUUCUAGCCCUAAAAACCGUUGAAAGGAUUUUUGUUAAUGUCAUUCAUGAUGAAGUAGAGCCCAAUCUUAUAAAUGAUCUUGAUGACUGGCUUACAAACAAGCUAUGCAGUAAAAGUAGCUCUCUUGAUGACUCGCUGCUUACAUGGAAAGAAUUUGCCAAGAAAACUAGCGAUGAUCCAGUAAAGUUCAGAAUCAAUGCUAGACUUUCAGGGAUCUUUCGCAAGUCAUCUCUCUUCCAACGUGUAUCUUCACUGGCAGGCAGCAUUUUCCAGCAAAAUUCCAGCUUAGUUAAAGACCUUCACAAACCAGAUUUGGAGGUUUUUCUUCAUCUCAACAACAAUUUUUUUACAGUGGGACUACAGUUAACAAAGAAGCCAUUAUCUGACAGAUGCUACCUGGAUCAUAUUGCAGUUAGAUCCACCGUAUGUGUUGCUAUGUGCAUGGCAGUUGGUCUUUCCAGUGAUGAUGUGCUCUUAGAUCCUAUGUGUGGAGCUGCAACAAUUUUGGUUGAAGCCGUGAAGCAGUUUGACUGUAAAGCUGCAGUAGGUGUCGAUUGUGACCUUUUGCAGCUCAAACUUGCACAAGCCAAUUUAAAUACCAGCCUCUCGUAUCCUCGGAUUGAAUUGGUUUGUGGAGAUUCUCGUAUCAUUUUUUUUAAACAACAGCAGUUUGACGUAGUGCUUUGUGACGUUCCCUUCGGUCGAAAGUUUGGUGUUCCCACGGAAAUUCAUCGACUCCUAACAAGCAUUGUGAACACCAUUGACGCUGUUUUAAAACCAAAAGGAAGAAUUGGAAUCUUGAUUAGUGAAAACGAACAUCAAGGUGAACUUUCUCUCAUUGAAAUGAUGGAGAAUUUAAAAGUACCUGGUGGACGAAGAACGCCGGAUCGAUCUGCCCCAUCCAUCCAUUCAUCCCCUGCCAGUAUAGCGAUCGCGUUGAAUGAAGAACAGCAUCGACGUCAGGAGUGCGAGAAAGUUAUACAGCAGCUGCAAACCCAUAUAUCUUCCCUACAACAAGAACAUGCUGUGGCAAAGGCAGCCCUACAGCGUAAGGAUUCCUUACUCAUGCAAGCCCAGCAACAGUGGAAAACUGUCGAAAGUGAUUGGAACCAAAGGCUCAGUUUAGCCAACGAAGAAAAAGAUCGGCUCACUACGACGGUGGCGCGAUUGGAAGGGCAAGUACAAAUUUCCAUUGCCGAAGCUCGAAAGAAAACCAUGGAAUUGCAAGCUGUCGUGCGCCAAAAUGACGAAGUCCUUCGCGAUCUUCGAGAGGAAAACGCAAAUUUAAAAGAGAAACAUGAUCAAAGCCAAUAUCAACUAAAAGAAAUAACGAUACAAUUAGAAGACAGCAAGAAGGAGGUCAAACAAAAUGAGAACAAAAUUGAUGACUUGAAACGGGAGAAUCACCGGAUAAAGAGUCAAAUCGAAGAUUUAAAAAGGGAAAAGGAGAGAUCGGUUGUGGAACUUGAAUUACUGCAACAGCGGUUUGAAGCCAGCCAAGAGCAGCACGAAAACUAUAGCCAAGUUCGUAUCAAAGAGGCUACCAAGAACGCCGAGGAGGAAGCAAAUCGACGCUUCCAGAUUUGGCAGAGUGAGGUGGAAUCAAAAAUGAGUCAUUUGAUCAACACAUUGGAGCACCAAUUGGGUAUUCUGAAAGCCAAGAGCUUGGAGGAAUCGCAAGCCAAAGAAGCGCGUCAUCAAGAAGAAAUGAAGGCGAUGAGCGCGCAGUGCUCGACGCUGCUGCAACAAGUUAAAUGCCAGAAAAAAGAGCACGAUGAGCUUACGCGGAAAAUGAGGCAAUUGGCCGAAGCGCAGUGGAACACGGUGAACAAGAUAACACCUUCUUCGGGAGGCCGACAAACAGCUCCGUCGAUUGCUGCUAGCGAAAUUUCGGACGCCACCUUGCUAACUAGCGAUAACACGAAUACCAACGUGCUAGUUAUCCAGGACGAGUUUCGCAAGUACGUCAGUCAGAGACAUGGCGCCCAGCCUUCCUCAAAAGAUUCGAAGGAGCGGAGUGAGCCCACGUCAAGGAGGACUAAGUGAUACGUAGCCGUCUGGAUACUGGAAAUGAUUUGCACAUCUUCAACCUCCCAAAUUGGAAAAAGUAAAUGUUUCUGUAUAUUUAUAAGUGCCAGACUUACACAUGAGAAGGACACGUGAAAGGAGAGAGGGGCUUGUUGCUAAACUUUUCUGUUGGGCACACAUGUAGUUACUCUUCGUUACACAACGGAACACCAAAUGAAUUGGGGG